AUGAACCGAAUCAUCAGUCUGCUGGCAGCUGCCGCAUCGUGGAAUAUCUGUGCUGGUAACCCGGCAGGAAUUGCCCUCCCUCAAGAUGCGUCGCUGGAUGUCCUUCCAGUUCCAUUGUCAUUAGAUAACCGCGCAUUGCCAAAUUCUCCCUCCGGUGGAUAUGCCCCUGGGGCUGUAGACUGCCCGUCGACACGGCCGACCAUUAGAGCGGCCUCUUCUCUGUCAGCCGCCGAAUCGUCAUGGCUGGAGCGUCGAAGAAAUAACACGGUCGGCCCUCUGAGCUCCUGGCUCUCUCGCAUGAACAUUUCGGACUUUGACGCCGCGGCGUAUAUCAAUACCCACAAGAACAAUGCCACUGCCCUGCCGAAUAUUGGAAUCGCCUUCUCGGGAGGAGGAUAUCGGGCAUUGAUGAAUGGGGCAGGAUUUCUUGCUGCUGCAGACGCUCGUACUAGCAAUGCAACCAAUACUGGCCAAAUUGGCGGUCUCCUUCAGGCCACCACCUAUCUGGCAGGUUUGUCCGGUGGGAGUUGGUUAGUAGGGUCCGUCUAUACCAACAAUUUCAGCUCCGUUGAGGCUCUUCGAGAUGGCCACAAUGACUCUUCAAUUUGGAAAUUCGGCAAUUCGAUCUUCGAGGGGCCAGCUACUGGGAAGUUCAAGGUACUGAGCAGCUUAUCCUACUUUGAGUCAAUUGAGUCGCAAGUCUCGGCAAAGGCGGACUCACCUCUCGGUUUCAAUACAUCCAUCACUGACUACUGGGGACGUGCUCUGUCUUAUCAGCUAGUCGAUGCUCCGGAAGGGGGACCCGCCUAUACCUUCUCGUCGAUUGCGUUAACAGACGAUUUCAAGAAUGGUGACAUUCCGUUCCCCCUCAUAGUUGCGGACGAAAGAGCCCACGACACAAAGAUUGUCUCGAUCAACUCUACUGUCUAUGAGUUCAACCCUUUUGAGAUGGGAUCAUGGGAUCCAGCGCUUUAUGCCUUUGCCCCCACGGAGUACUUGGGUUCCAACUUUUCUGGCGGGUCUGUUCCUGAUGGCCAGAAAUGUGUCCGAGGCUUCGAUCAGGCUGGAUUUGUGAUGGGCACCUCAUCCACACUGUUCAACCAAUUCAUCCUCCAGAUCAACUCCUCAGCAGCGGCCGGGGUUCCGACUUUCUUACGAGACAUAUUCACCAAAAUUCUAUUACGCGUGGGCGAUGCUAAUGAUGACAUCGCUCAGUAUCAACCAAACCCGUUCUACAGCUUCAACAAUGCUACCAAUCGAAAUUCGCAAUCUAAGGAGUUAACACUCGUAGACGGGGGAGAAGAUAAUCAAAAUAUUCCUCUUAACCCCUUGAUCCAGCCCAACCGCAACGUCGACGUGAUCUUCGCUAUCGACUCCUCGGCAGAUACCUACUACACCUGGCCCAAUGGCUCGUCCCUCGUCUGGACUUAUAGGCGGUCCCUCAACGCAACCAUCGAGAAUGGAACGGCCUUCCCUGCAAUUCCAGAUCACAAUACUUUCGUCAACCUCGGCCUGAAUACACACCCAACCUUCUUCGGCUGUAAUGCAAGCAACAUGACUGGUCCUGCACCCCUUAUUGUCUAUAUCCCCAAUGCCCCGUACAUAUAUAACAGCAAUGUGUCGACCUUUGACCCCUCAUACAACAACACCGAGCGCAAUGCCAUCAUCGAAAAUGGGUACGACGUGGCGACGAUGGGGAACGGGACGCUGGACCGCGAGUGGCCAACUUGUAUGGCAUGCGCUGUGCUGAGCAGGAGUUUUACCAAGACUGGCACCGCUGUUCCUGCUGCUUGCCAGACUUGCUUCACACGGUAUUGCUGGAAUGGGCAGCUUGACUCUAAGGAGCCUUCUGGGAACUAUACGCCGCCCUAUAAGCUCAGUGAAUUGAAGAUUUCUAGCGCGGCUCCUGCUGCUGUCACAGUUAUGAAGACGAGUGCGUAUAUUAGUGCCCUGGCUGCUGCGGUGGCGAACGUGCUGGUUUAG